UGUGAGUUAGUUUUUUUUCCGCUAGAGCGCUUUCUGUCGGAUAGACUGUUGGAAAUUGGCGGGUGUGGUAAAGUGAAGGCGGAGCUGGACGAUGAGAGGCCGCUCUCGGCUCUGUCCGUCACACUGACUCUGUCUCCUCCCCUCCCCGCCUCUGUCUCUCUGCGCGUUUCUCAGGCAGGUCGGGGCGCUGUGUAUAAAAGGAGACAUCAGCAGUCGGUUUGUCACGGAGCAGCGACCUGAGUGAAGCAGCGUCAUGUCUGGCAGAGGGAAAGGAGGCAAAGGACUGGGCAAAGGCGGAGCCAAGCGGCACCGUAAAGUGCUCCGGGAUAACAUCCAGGGCAUCACCAAACCGGCCAUCCGGCGUCUGGCUCGCCGUGGCGGCGUCAAGCGGAUCUCGGGUCUGAUCUACGAGGAGACCCGCGGGGUGCUGAAGGUUUUCUUGGAGAAUGUGAUCCGGGAUGCGGUCACCUACACUGAACACGCCAAGCGCAAGACGGUCACUGCCAUGGAUGUGGUGUACGCUCUGAAACGGCAGGGCCGCACUCUCUAUGGCUUCGGCGGCUGAAAAACUCCCACUUCCUCCCGAGAACAACACAAAGGCUCUUCUAAGAGCCACCCACCGCCUCACAGAGGGAGCCGUGUCCACAACCUUUUAAUUAUUUUUGUCGAUAUAUUUGGCUGAGCUACUUUUGAAGCAGAUUAAUCCGUUCCGCUUGAAAUAUCCCUGCGAUUCUGCCUUUUCAGUCGGUGAUUACGGCAGAAGCUCUGAAUGCAUUAAGAUCGAUCAGCAUCCCCUUGUCCGUCUCGGACAGAAAUCAGUUCCCUCAUUCAGAGAAACGAUUCUGUAAUCAUCCAUUUAAAUCUUCACUGAGACAAUUAUAUAUCAAAUGAAACUGAAAUUGUAGAAUCCGUGAUACAAUUAAUGGUAAAUAAUAUAAAAAAGUAAUCAAGCACCGUUGCUGGGUGCUCUGAAAUUGGCGGGCGAUUUGAAAUUAAUCCUGCGCCAAUCACUCUGUAUUCUGAUUGCAUGAAGUGCGACAGCCAGUAACUUUGUAGAAAUCCUUCACUGUGGACGUGGUGUCUGAGGGAGUUUUCUUUCCCCUCUCUGGAGCGCUGUGUUUCGGAUAGACCGUUGGAAAUUGCCGGGUGAAGUAAAGUGAAGACGGAGCUGGACGAUGAGAGGCCGGUCUCUGCCCUGUCCGCCACCCUGACUCUGUCCCCUCACCUCCCCGCCUCUGUCUCUCUGCGCCUUUCUCGGGCAGGAGUAGUGGCAGAGGAUUGGAGGAUGGGUUAUGUUAUCCAGUCACGUAGGAAAGGAUCGAUGGAAAACCAAACACAAGACAUUGUUCAGAUUCUGGAGGGUCUCGGCUGAAACGUCGGCUGUUUACUGUUUCUCACAGAUGCUGCCUGGCCUGCUGAGUUCCUCCAGCACUGUGCGGGUAUCGCUGCAAGGAAAAGCCUGGGAGCUGAGUCAGGUCUGCUGCUGCAGUUCAUUCAUUAAAGACUCGGCUGACAAUGUCAAUGCCCGGCUCAGCAAAUAUGCAGAUAUCACUAAAGUGUGAAGAAUGUGACCAGCAAUACAACAGGACGGUGGUCAAUGAGGUCAGUGAUUUGAGUAAUGACAGAUAAAUGUGAGAAAGAAAAUAGGUGCAGGAGUAGUCCAUUCGGCCCUUCGAGUCUGCAAACAAGAACAAGAGAUGUUCCGUUGUCAUUGACGAACCAGGGCCGAACUGCCGUGGGGAAUGUUCGGUCCCUGGGAGUGCUGUAAAACAGAGAGACAUCGGGGUGCAGAUAUCGAAUUCCUUCAGAGUGUAAACACAGGUCGGCAGGACGGUGAAGGUGGUGUUUGCCACACUUGCAUUCAUCGGGAGAGUAUUGGGCACUGGACCGUGACGUCACAUUACAGCUCUCCCAGCCUUGGGGAAACCACUCUUGGAGCAGGGCGUACAGUUAUAGUUGCCCAGUGAUCAGAGGGUGACAUUAAACUGGAGAGGGUGCAAAAGGGAUUUAACAGGAGGCUGGAUAGGCUGGAACAUUCUCACCAGAGUGUAUGUGACAUUAGAGAGGCUGAUUAAAUAAUGGCAGGCUUGUUUUUCAGCCUUCUUGUAUGGAUCAAGCCUUUGUAUUAUGGGA